CAGAGACCUAACCCUCCUGCAGGUGGAGACCGUGAAGACGGCAGUAGCCAGAGCUGAGGAGGUGUUCCACCAACAGGUAGAGAACAUUUUCAGAGAGGUCCAUUCGACUGAGGAGGAGGAACGGGAAGAUCCCCAAACAGAGAAGGCGUUUAAUGAUGCGCUCGAGAAAAUCCAACAGGAAUGUGCAACAAACGUGACUCUGGACCCAAACUCUGCACAUCUGUCCCUCAUCGUCUCACAGGACAGGAAGCAGGUGAAGCACGGAGGCUCCAGGAGAAACGUUCCUGACAUCUCCUCCAGGUUCGACUGUCUCCACUACAUCCUGGGAAGCGAGGGUUUUUCCGCCGGCAGGAUCUACUACGAGGUUUCUCUGAGCGGCCAAACGACGUGGGAGAUGGGCGUGGCUAGAGAAGCCAUCAGCAGGAAAGGCCUGAAUUUAUCUCUCACUCCUGAAAAUGGAUGCUGGACUCUUGGUUGUUACUGGGGACGAUGCCAAGCUAACGCUAAUCCUCCGGUGAUCCUACCCAGGAAGCCUGAGAAGGUCGGCGUGUUUGUGGAUUACGAGCAGAGCGUGGUCUCUUUCUACGACGUAGACCACAGGACGCUGCUUUACUCCUUCACCAGGUGUUCCUUCUCUGCUGCAGCACCUGGAGACAGCAGCUUAUGGAGUCGCUGGACUUCCAGGGCCAAACCCACAAACUACAGGAUCUACCCAAUAUUUGGGCCCAGCUCUGCGGAGACGGGCUCUCCUCUGCAGAUCUCUGCAGUCAGGGUCACAAAGGGACAGGAGGGAAUGAGUUCAGCCUGGCCAGGACAAUCAGCAGCGUUUAGUUGCUGAAAACAGACUGCAUGUGAUUCUAAGGCGGUGUUAAAGCUGCCUUCUGUGUGCUUCUGCUGCAUGAUUUGAGCCUUCAGGGACACCGUACAGACAGCUUUAGCACAACUGCAGAGCACAAAACAUCCUUCAGUCUGUGUUUGCUGCAGCAUCUUUCAGUCAUAUUCAAUAAGACAGAAUAUAAUUAAAAAGUUCAUUUAUUUCAGUGGCUCACUUCACUGAGGGAAACGUACAGACUGGUGAUGUUUUGGUCUAUAAUUCAGUUAAUUGUGAUUUUUUUUCCACCCCCCAAAUGGCAUUUAAAAUUAGAAUAUUGCAUCAGAGCAAUAAAAAAGACACAUUUUUUCAUGCAGAAAUGCAGGAUUAAUUAUUGAAACUAUGUUUAAUACCAGAUUAAGGUUGUUUUUAAAAACACUGGAUUAUAGACGUCUGGUACAUCAAUCAGUAUGGUAAUGGUGUGAUGGGUAAAUGUAAAAGGUCAUCCGUCUUAUAAAGAAGGUCAUAGAAUCGAGUCAGGAGACAGAAAAAUGCCAGUUUAGUUCUGGAUGGCCAUUACAGUCAGUCAGCAAGGUAAAACCCAUGCUGCCUUUUUCUGCUCUUCCACCUCGGGUCCAUGUUUCAUCUAUUAUAAAUAAAACAUGGGAGCAAUCUGGGUAAACUUGAUGCUAAAAAUCAUUUACAAUCCAGAAUCUCAGAGUUUCACUGUUGCAUCAAAACCUGGUCAUAAAGUAGGAGCUCCUUUUGUUGAAUUAGAAUCGGGUUACGUGUGAAAUCAUAGAAUUAGUCAUAUGGUUUCUGUUUAUAUGGGGGAAUUAGUCGGCAUCACGUUGGCAUUAAUGUGGAUCGAAUCAAGUAAACCUACAUGUGUUGUUGUUGCCACAGAUUCCAGUUGUGACUUUUUCAGUAUAAAGUUUGGUCACAGUCCAGGAAAUGUUACAGCUGGUAUACAGAAUUAAAAAAUUAGGAAAUUUAAUUAGCUUGGGUUGGGUCUUUCUCAUAUAGGAGUAGUGGGUAAUGAGCUUGUGGAUUAUAGGUUUGCUAAAGAUGCUACUAAGGAACCACUCUGGCAGUCUUAGUAAAUCAGAAAUUAAAUCUAUAGUGAAGGAAGAAAGGAAGCAGAAAUGGCAGGAAGGAUGGAAAAAGAGGGUAAAGGGAGACAUUUUAUGUAGGAAUGAUGAGUGAAAUCAGAAAUACUUUAAUAAUCCCAGAGGGAAAUUUAAUAUAUACAUCAAGGAGGGAAGAUGAUAUUCUAUCCAGAGUAAAACUUGGUCAUACUUAUUUUUUUAUAGGAAAGCCGGUCUGUGCACACUGUGUGUUGGUCACAAGAGACAGUUGAACAUGUGCUUAUUGAUAUUAUACGGCAUCAUAGAAAAAGACUAAAUAUUCUUCACUGUAAGUUCAGCGAGCAAAGAGGACACUUUAACUGGACUGAAUUACUUUCAGUUUCUUUUAAAAACAGAACUGUUUAUUCAGAAAUGGGGUGGCAGGAAUGCGCACCCAUAAGCUGCUUGCCAACCGCCAUAAAAUCCAAAGAAGAAGAAGUUAUGU